CGUCACGAGGUCGCACCCGAUUGGCUGCUUGUUGCCGUGUCUGUCGCUAAUAAAUCGAAAGAGUUUUCUCGCUGCUCACCUCCGCAAGUAGUGAACUGUCAGCUGCUGGCUGCUGGACGGCCAAAUGUCUGCGGCCACUUUCCUUCACGUGCUGCGGCCACUCGAGGCGACCAGCGGCCUGAGCCGCCUCCUCAGCCGCCCCCUCAGUCAACAAGCGAACCCGAGAUUCGGCCUGCUGUUUGACAUUGAUGGUGUCAUCGUGAGGGGAAAGAAGGUUUUGCCGCCUGCCGCCGAUGGCUUCAAGCACCUUGUGGAUGGCAGUGGCAAAUUCAGGGUGCCAACCGUGUUCGUGACCAACGCGGGCAACGCGCUUAGACACCACAAAGCGCAGCAGCUGUCAGAAUGGCUGCAAAUUGAGGUGCACGAGGACCAAGUGGUGAUGGCGCAUUCACCGCUGCGCAUGUUCCACCAGUUUCACAACAAACACAUGCUGGUGUCCGGCCAGGGUCCAGUGAAGGAAAUUGCUAAGUACCUGGGUUUCAAGAAGGUGACCACCAUUGAAGAGUUGAGAGGGAUCUUCCCUGCGCUGGACGCAGUGGACCAUCAACGCAGAAUUUCAGUGCCAUGUUCUUUUGAGCAAUAUUUCCCGAGAAUUGAGGGUCUAGUUUUAUUUGGCGAGCCUGUCAGGUGGGAAACAUCGCUGCAGCUUCUAGUGGAUGUUCUAAUGACGGAUGGACUGCCCACGGAAGCACCUACCAGACCAAUUUAUCCCCACAUUCCAGUGCUAGCGUGUAACAUGGAUUUACAGUGGAUGGCUGAAGCACCAUUGCCCAGAUUUGGGCACGGAGCCUUUUUACUCUGCUUAGAGAACCUUUACAAGAAGAUCACCGGCCUCGAUCUGAUUUACACGGCGCUCAUUGGCAAGCCCAGCGAAGUGACGUACCAUCAUGCCCACCACAUGGUGAUGAAGCAGGCCAAGUUCCUCGGCCUGGAAAAAAACCUGAAGGCUCUAUACGCGAUAGGGGACAAUAUAAACACAGAUAUAUUCGGCGCCAACUUAUAUCAGCAAUACUUGCGCAACCAGUCCAUCAUUGGGUCACAGAGGGCUGUUCAGGUGGCAAGGAGCAUCGAGAACCUGGUCGGGGGAAUCGACGAAACCUGUGAAAUGGUUGAAUUGGGAGCAAGCACGUGCUCAAGCAUCCUAGUAGAGACUGGAGUUUAUAGUCAAGACUCGUCAAUCAGCACCUUGGAUCACUCGCCAAGAGAUUUCCUGCCAGUAGAGGAGAAGCUCCGAGAGCCAAACUACACGGUAGCUAACGUCGCUGAAGCAAUCAACCUGAUUUUCCAACAAGAGGGCUUUAAAUAAAGAGAUUUCAAUGCAAUUCGCAACCAUGCUCACCACUGCUGUCAACUUUUUAAAUUUUAAGCUAAAGAGCAACUUUACUUGAUACUGUGCAUUGCUAGUUUGAUCUAUUACCUCACAAAUAUGAUCUUUUAAUUAAUAAUCAAAGUCCGCAGGUUUUGCGAAUUAGUUGCUGUGCUUCCUCUUUAUAUUUUCUUCGUCAUAUUUUGGUUUUAAUUUUUCAGACUACUGGUCUUGCUGACUUGAAUUAAUUUUACCUUGAAAUUUGGUAAUUCAAAAUUAUCCUUCUACGUUUACAAAAAUAAAGGUAUAUAUAAUAUUAUAUUAUUGUUGAA